CAUCCGCAGUGCUCGUGGAGGGAAGCCUUCCUCUUCUCAUUUGCUUAACGGGGGUGCAGUAACUGGCGAAGGAGGGGGGAGUCUGUAUCACCCCCGUUCUCAUUGCCAUGAUGAACCCCUUCAAAAAUCUAAACCCACGUUGUUUUUACUGCUGACACGUGCUUAUUAAAUGGGAGGACUAGCAUAGGACCAUGCCGUGCUUUCUCAUCAGUCAAGACAAGCGUCAUGACCCAAUCCUUCUGCCUGAUGGUACGACUGUUGUUCUGGGCAGGGGACCUGAGACACGUGUUACUGAUAAGAAAUGUUCUCGGACACAAGUGGAGUUGCUGGCAAAUUAUACCUACCGAUCAGUUCGAGUCACCCAGCGAGGGGUGAACCCCACAUCCGUGGAGGAGAUACACCUGCACCGUGGAGACAGCACAACCCUCCAGGAAGGGCAGACUCUGUGCUUAGUGAAUGGAUUGUAUCCUUACUGCAUCCGGUUUGAGCAAGAGGCCACCUCCCCAAAGAAAAACCUGCUGCAGUUCUUCAGUCCCAAGCGACCUCUGAAGCAAGAGGAGGAAAAGGGCAGGAGGGCCCCACCAGUCAAGCGGACCAAGACCUCCUCCCCGUCUGAGGAUGAGGAAGGAGAAGAAGACAACGGUGACGACCCAUCUGUGGUUGAGAAACUGAGGCAGCUGCAGGAGACGGCAGCUCGGGCAGAGCAAGCCCUCCCGCCAUCUCGGAAGCUUCUCUCUAAGGUGGCCCCCCAGCUCUGUGACUCCUGGGAGGACCAUGGCAAGCUCCUGGUCUUUACCAGGAAAGGAGUCGUGCCUAGCACCAAGGUGGCAGGUUUUGAUCUGGAUGGAACUAUCAUCACGACCCAGUCAGGGAAAGUGUUUCCGACCAGCCCUGACGACUGGAGGAUCCUGUACCCUGAGGUACCACGAAAGCUGAAGCAGCUUCAGAGUGAGGGUUACAAGCUUGUGAUCUUCACCAACCAGAUGGGCAUCGGCCGUGGGCGGCUCAGACCUGAAGUUUUCAAAGCCAAAGUGGAAGCUGUGAUUGAGCGGCUUGGCGUCCCGCUGCAGGUCUUGGUGGCAACCGGCUCUGGCAUUUACCGCAAACCUGUGCUUGGGAUGUGGGAUCAUCUCUGCGAGAAGGCAAAUGGUGGCUUAUCAGUAUCUUUGCAACAAAGUGUCUAUGUGGGAGAUGCAGCUGGUCGUCCAGCCAAUUGGGCCCCUGGGCGUAAGAAGAAGGAUUUCUCUUGCAGUGACCGUUUGGCUAGUCUCCGGCUCCUCCCCCAUUACACCCCUGAGGAAUAUUUCCUGGGCUGGAAAAAGGCAUCGUUUGAGCUCCCCAGCUUUGACCCGCGGGCCCUGGAUCCCAAGGCACAGCUUUAUGAUCAUCCAGAUGCUCUCCUGACUUCAUCUUCCCCAGAAUUGGUAGUGGCUGUUGGUUUCCCCGCUGCUGGCAAGACUACUUUUUUGAAAAAAUACCUGGUCUCUGUUGGUUACCACUAUGUCAACCGGGACACCCUUGGUUCAUGGCAGAAGUGUGUGGCGUCGUGCCAAGCCUCACUAAAGGCAGGGAAGAGCGUAGCGGUGGACAACACCAACCCUGACCUGGAAUCAAGACGAAGGUAUAUCGAGUGUGCCAAGGAAGCCGGCGUUCCCUGCCGCUGUUUCCUUUUUACUGCUUCGUUGGAACAAGCCAAGCAUAACAAUAGAUUUCGGGAAAUGACAGAAAAGGGGCAUGUGCCUGUUAAUGAUAUUGUCUUAAACAGCUACAAGAAUAAAUAUGUGGCACCAUCACUGGAGGAGGGUUUCUCUGAAAUCCUCAAGAUUCACUUUGUUCCUCACUUCACGGACUCCAAAUUGGAAUCACUUUAUCGCCAGUUUUCAGAAGGAUGACAUCAGAUCAACAGUGCAUCAGCAUCCCUGGCUUUCCUGCUCAACACGUGUUGGAUGGAGCUUUUUUAAAAUAUACCUCCAUUGUGGUAGAAGGCAUGUGUGUGAAGGCGUGACCUCCUCCUGCUGGUCAAGGGGAAUGUUGGCUUAAGCUUAUUCUGAAGCUAUUUAAAAGUGAAGCAAAAAGAAUGGAGUCCCUCUUCCCUGUGAAAUAAAGGUUUGGAAUGCACCCCGUUGUCUUCUCCUCAUACAACCAAGCCUCUCUUAUCCUUAUUUUCCUUCAGGAAAAACAGCUUUAACUGUUUAACAGGAAUACGAAAGACAGAUCUAAAUUUGCUGAUAAACUACUGGAUGAUUUCCAGUAGAUAUGAAUUGCUGAUUGUUGU